AACAGCUUAAGAAAUGUGGUUUCAAACACAACGGAUUUGAUUGCAUUAUGUGUGGCAGAAAAUUAAAGUUACCAUAGUCGAAAAAAAACAAAAAAAAUAUAGAACGAAAAUACGGACAUGCGCUUUAUUUAAACUCUCGCAGUUUUUAUUAUUCAAGUUCAUCUCAGUUCGGGGGUUGUGAGAAGAAAUAAGUGUUUUUUCUUAUAAAAUAAAUUGACAAAUAAAUACUUUUAAUAUGUUUAAAACAUUAUAUUAUCAAUAAAAGUUGACUUAAAGUGUGCAUAACUUUAAGGCAGUGAAGGUUUUUAACUAAAGACGCAUAUUAAAACAAACGGUGAUGUUCAAACUUUUUGAUAUGGAAUCUGCAAAGGGGCUUUAAGAAGAAGAAAAAAAACUCCGAUAAGAAAAAAAGAAAUUCUCUUGAUGCUUUAAACAAUCAUAAACCACAUCGAAAAGCAAGAAUUGUUCGAGUUGGCCAAGCAUCCUUUUGUGCACCCAGUUAUAUAAAUACGAAGUUACAGAGGAAUUUCAUAAGAUUGAAACCUUUAAAUAAUAUUUAACAUAAAAGAACAUACAAAAACAUAUGAUCUUAAAAUCAGAUUUAAUGGAAAACAGAAAGACAAAAGCCGUAAAAAUGAAAUCAAAAAACAAAAGUCAUACACCGAAUUUAAAAAUAUACUUCCAUUUUUUGUUUUCUACGUAAGCUUGUGGUCUCAAAACUACACAUCGUAUGUUAGGAAUAAAUUUAGAUUAAUUAACAUUAAGCUCAGAAGAAAAAGUUGUGAGCAUUGUAAUAAAAAUUCAACAACACAUUCUGUGAUCUAUUAUUGCGUCACAGACAAUGUAUUAUUAAUGUUAAAAUAUUACAGAAGCCAAAUAUAUAAAUUACUACUCAAAUUAUAUCAUGUUUCAAUAAGGAACAAAAAAGUUUUUUCUAUUGAACGCAAUGUAAUUUCAUUACGAAACUAUUUUGAAACUAAAAAGAGUAAUAUUAAUGUAAAGUUACAUUUCUUUAUAAAUGUAAUAGUAAACAAAUUCAUGAGUUUUUGGAGAUAUAAUCAAAAUCGAUCAACAGUUGAUAGUUUAAUAACGAAAAGUACAAAUCGAGCAAAAACAUCAGAAUCUAAAUUAAUACUUUUCCGAAUAAUUGUUUUGUUGGUUUCGGCGACAGCUUUAACUCAAGUCUCUACUAUUACCACAUCAUUGCAUACGAAUUCUAAGUACGGAGCUAAUACGAUCAAAACUAAAUAUGGAUUGCUGAGAGGAAUUGUUGUGAGGUCCUCACCAUUGGUUGAAGCAUUUCUUGGAAUACCAUAUGCAUCGCCACCAGUCGGAAGCUUAAGGUUUAUGCCUCCGAUCACACCCUCGCCAUGGAAAAAUGUACGGAAUGCUGACAGAUUUUCACCUGUAUGUCCUCAAAUAGUUCCAAUGCCGCCAAACGGCCCCGAAGCCCUGCUUGAAGUUCCACGAGCUCGUCUAGUGCAGUUUCGUCGACUUUUGCCACUGCUUGGUAAUCAAUCUGAAGAUUGUUUGUAUCUGAAUAUUUACGCUCCAAUAAAAUCCUCGCUACAAACUAACAAUCAUCAAACUUACUCUAAACUGCAGCAAACUGCCAAAGCCGAUACUGCUAAAUUAUCAACCAUUUUGUACAUUCAUGGUGAAUCAUACGAGUGGAACUCAGGGAACCCAUACGAUGGCUCAGAACUUGCUGCCCAUGGAAAUGUUAUAGUAGUAACAAUAAACUUUCGUCUUGGAAUUUUGGGAUUCUUGAAAACCGGGGGAAAAGAGAGUGCUCAAGGUAACUUCGGAUUAAUGGAUUUAGUAGCUGGUUUGCAUUGGUUAAAGGAGAAUCUACCAGCAUUUGGCGGCGAUCCGAAUAAAAUAACAAUAAUGGGUCAUGGAACUGGUGCUGCCUUAGCUAAUAUUUUAUUAGUUUCACCAGUAUCAAGUGAUCUUAUAAAAAGAGCAAUGCUGGCAAGUGGAUCAGCGCUUUCACCAUGGGCAAUACAAAAAUUUCCACUCUUAGUCAAAAGAAGAGUUGCUGAGCAAACAGGAUGCCAUGGUGAUCUUCUUAUAGAUGAUCUUGCUCCAUGUUUACGCACAAAGAAAUUAGCCGAAUUACUUGCUGUCAAAAUUGAUUAUCCGAGGUUUCUUGCUGGUUUUGCGCCUUUCGUAGAUGGAACAGUAAUAUCAUUGAAUAGAGAUGUAUUAAAAACUUUAAAACUACCAUCAGAAUCUGCAAUUUUAAGUGCUUCAGGAAUUGAGUUUGCAAAUUUUCCAAAACAGGAACUUAUAUUUGCUUUAACCACGGUAGAAUCUUAUUUGGAUUUAAGUGCGCAGGAUCUAGAAUUUGGUUUGAAUGAAACAAGAAAAGAUCGUAUUCUGAGGACAUAUGUUAGAAAUGUAUUUCGUUAUCAUCUGAACGAGAUCUUUGCUGUUUUAAAGAAUGAAUAUACCGACUGGGAAAAAGCAAUUCGUAAUCCAUUGAGUUCUAGAGAUGCGACAUUGUCGUUUUUGAGUGACGGACACACUGCAUCGCAUUUAAUCAAAAUCGGAUAUAUGCACAAUCUAUGUGGUGGAAAAAGUUACUUUCUACACUUCAAGCAUAAAACUGAAGAGGAGGAAUAUCCAAUGAGAUCGGGUUCAGUACGAGGUGAAGAUGUUCCUUUUUGGUUUGGUCUUCCAGUUUCUCCACUUUUUCCACAAAACUACUCCAGCCAAGAGAGAAAUUUAAGUUUAAUCAUGGUCAAGCAUCUGUCUAAUUUCGUUAAAACUGGGGAUCCAAACAAUUCAAGUGAUUCUGUUAGUGAGGAUAUCACAUCCGAUGAAAAUGAAAGCUCAAGCCAUUCCUUUAGAAAGCGUUCAAAUCUUGAUAAACAUUCAGAAAUCAAUAAUACUGCCUUGUCAAAAACUUUCAGCCAUGACGAAAAGUCUUCAACUGCAUCUUCAAAUAUGAAUUCCAUUGAAUACGAGCACAAAAUACUGAGAAGGAAACGAUCAAACUUGCAGUACGGCCAUAUGAAAUUCAAAAGAAAUAUGGGUAAAGAAGCUAUUUUUCGAAAUGCCAAAACAAACAGAAAGCACUUGAACCCUAUGACUGAUAUGCUUAAUGAUGAAAUGGUGAAAAAAAAUCACGGUGGGUCAGAAUCUUUGCCCUUUUGGGAGGCGUAUGACUCAGUUAAUCAACUUUAUUUGGAACUAGGGAACGAUGCAGGGCUUCAUAGCCAUUAUAGAGGUCAUAAACUUUCAAUGUGGCUUAAUUUAAUACCUCAACUUCAUAAGCAUACUAGAAUCAAUGAAAUGCCUCUAAGGCAUCACCAAUUUAUGGAUGAUAAUGCGCAGUUGUUUGAUGGAGUUGUGCGGCCUUAUUUACAAAAUAUGCCUUCGGAUGAUGAUGGGCAAUUUUCUAUAAAAACACUCAGAAGCAUGAGAAAUUCAGCAAAAGUAGCUGUUCAAUCAGCAGCAAGUAGCUUCCAACAGGAAGAAUUCAUCACAGAUUGUGGUAUUAACACAACUCAAUUCGACAAUGUCGUUUUCCACACAACUUUCGUAAACAACUCAAAUUCUUCCGAAAAUUUGCCAAACGUUUUGGGAGACCUUGAAGUUUUGCGUAGGCUGACAGGAAAGCAGCUUCAAAGCUAUACCGCCGCUUUUAUGGCAACAGUUGCAGUUGGCUGUUUUCUCCUCGUUUUGAAUGUAAUAAUAUUUGCUGGAAUAUACCAUCAACGAGAAAAAAGAGCCAAAGACAACAAGAAAAAGGAACAGCUUGAGGAGAACGAAAUUUUUCUUAGCAUACCUACAAAAAGCGCUCUCAGUAUUGAUUGCCCUCAAACGGAAACGGAAAAAUUGCCAUCUCCCGGAAGUAAUUUCUUCGAUCAAAACACGAUACAAUCAUCUGAAAAGGAUCAUCAUGUUGACACAGAAGAUAAAAUGUUCGGAGAAAUGGGUUGGGUCUGUAGUACAACGACACUUGAUCUUCUUAACAUAAGAUCAUCUAGGGACAAUUUGAAUACAAGCGCUUGUGCGGCAGCUCACGAUAAUACGCCAUUUAAACAUGACAGCCAUGAUGCUUUGAUGCAGACAAACCAUCCUAGUCCAAAAAACGAGAUGUCAUAUCAAGAAAUCAACGAUCCUGUUGGUUCAAAAAGUGAAGCAAAAGUCUUCGACAGUAAUAAUCCAAAGGUAUUAUCCAAUCCCCCCACUUCAAAACCUAAUCAUCCAAAUCAGGGCGGUAUUCUAAGAAUUGCUGGAGGAACUUCAACGAAUUCUGGAAACAAAAAACGUGUAUACAUUCAAGAAAUUUCUGUGUAGUACUUAUGUAUAUGUAUGUAUGUGAAUCUUCAUUUCUAACUUCUUCUUCUAUGACUUUCUAUAUAAUCAAAGGCAAAAUUAAACGCCCACCUAGUAUCUUCGCUGUAUUGCUCAAUUGACUGCAUGUAACUCAUAAGAUUUUUUUUUUAAUGUGAAAGUGUUAUCAGCUGUUAAAUAAAAAUAUUAUAUAAAAUAAUUAAAGUCAUCUUUUUAUUGUGACAUAAAGUUGUUAAGAAAAUGUCCUUUUCAUUUUACUAAAGUGUUUAAAGGUGUUUUUUUGCAAGGUUGUUCUACUCGUAUAUAGAUAUUAUCUAUGUUCUUAGUUGAUUAAAAUUAGCUCUUAAAAGUUCAUGAAUAUCUGAAAGCAGGAAUAUCAUACUUUUCCUGCAUAUGCUUCAAUCCCUAAAAUAUUUGGAAAAUAGGUAGGAACUAUAUCUUUAGAUAAAAUUGCUACUAUAAUUUGCUUAACAAUGUUUAAUUAGAAAUUAUUCAGUUAUUGUGAGCUUACUCUUAAAAUUGAGCGU